AUGGCCCCAGGGCCGUCAAUCACACGCGACUGGGCAGACGAUCAUUCCGAGAACUGCCUAGAUAGUAUCAGGUCUGGAACGAGCGCUACACCUCUGACUCAGGCGCCGACACAGUAUUCGUCGCAUUCUACCAACUCAGAGCUCUCGCCUAAUCGAACAUCGUCGAGCGCUCAACGAAAGCGAUCGGUACUUGGCUUGCAUCCCCAGGCACCCAUCGAUGAGGAGCAUGAUCAUGGGGCAGCAUCUGAGUUGCUAUGGUCGCGCAUAAGGACAGUGAUGAGGGAGCCGUUUGCUGAGUUCUGGGGCACUGCCAUCAUGGUGAUGUUCGGUGAUGGAGCGGUUGCGCAAGUCUUGUUAUCAGCUGGUCAGACUACUGCUCCAGGAGGCAACGGCUUCGGGCAGUAUCAAUCAAUAAACUGGGGCUGGGGCCUAGGCGUCAUGCUUGGACUGUACGUGGCAGGCGACUCUGGGGCGUAUCUCAACCCAGCCAUUACCCUCAGCAACUGCAUAUACCGCCAGUUACCAUGGCGGCGGUUCCCAAUGUACUUCGCUGCGCAGAUGCUAGGUGGUUUCGUUGGAUCCGGUAUCGUAUAUGCAAACUACAUUAGCUCCAUCGACUGGUUUGAAGGUGGAAAAAUGCGAACAGUGCCUCCUGCCGAGAAGGCUACAGCAGCAAUAUUCUGCACAUAUCCACAGCCGUUCCUUACAAAAACAAGCCAGUUCUUCUCGGAGUUCAUCGCAAGUACAUUGCUGAUGUUUGUCAUCUUCGCGUUGAAGGACCCGAGCAACAACGGUGUCCCAAAGUCCGAUAAAUGGUUUCCUCUUUGUUUGUUCUUCCUAAUCUUCGGCCUCGGAUCCUGCUUUGGCUGGCAGACUGGUUAUGCAAUUAAUAUCGCUCGUGACUUCAGCCCAAGAUUGAUGUCGUAUGCUGUUGGCUAUGGUCACGAAGUGUGGUCCGCUGGCGGCUACUACUUCUGGAUCCCAAUGGUAGCGCCCUUCCUUGGCUGUGCGUUUGGUGGCUUCCUUUACGACAUCUUCAUAUAUACAGGGCCUAGUCCCAUCAAUUCGCCGUGGCUGGGCUUGAAGCAGCUCACGCCUUGGAAUGCGAUGCGAGCGAGAAGAGAGCACAUAAGGAGAGAAAAGGAGGAAGGUAUUGUAUAA